GGUGGGGGUGGGGGAGGAGGAGGAUGAUGCGAUGUGAUGCGAUGAUCACAGGCAUCGGUGUCGGAAAGCUUCGUUGGGUUUGUGCGAAUCGUCUGCCCCCCACAUCGCGCCUUCAGGCUCUGAAUUGGCAUUUUGUCGUGCACAAGUGAGAGAGGCUUUUAUGCUUUUGUAUUGAAGCGAGGCGUGAGCGUACACAAGAAUCACCGCGUUGUUGCAUUCGUAAGCUCUACGACGCUGAGAUUUUCCUGUUCGUUGCGUGAAGGAUUAUAGGAUCUCCCAUGUGGCUCAUUCUUACCAACGAACGGAUUUCUUCCUCGUUCUUCGAGUGGUCAUGCGGUGAAUUAGUGGGUCGACAUCACGUCUGCACGUACUUAACCCGAUCUUGCGUUGAAGAAAUCAGAGAAGGGCCUGGAGCCAGGACGUGUUUUCUUGGGACUCUUUGUAAUGCUGCGCUGUUAUUGUGGUAGAUUCUAGUGAUUCGUUGACAGAAAGUUCCAACCAGUUCUGUUCAUGCAAUUCUUUUUAUCAAGAUAUCGAAUGUGUACUUUAGACAUGGAGUUUAAGCAUAAUUUAGGAGAAGAUUGAUAGAGAAUUAAUAAUGGGAGGAUCGGGGGACGUUGGUGGGAUCAAGACAGUCAUGGUUGUCAUUGCAAUGCAGGCCGAAGCACUCCCCUUGGUGGAAGCGCUCGACCUUGUGGAAGACGACUUAUCAGCCGUAUUUCCGGGAGGAGUUCCAUGGAAGAAGUACUCUGGCGUACUUGAUGGUCUUAAUGUUCACAUUGUUGUUCCUGGAAAGGACAAAGCCUUAGGCGUGGAUAGCGUGGGAACUGUUCCUUCUUCUUUGCUCACAUACGCAGCUGGUGUAGCUCUACAACCUAAUUUGAUCAUCAAUGCUGGCACUGCGGGUGGAUUCCAGGCAAAGGGCGCCAACAUUGGCGAUGUCUAUGUUGCAACAGAGUUUGCCAAUCAUGACCGUAGGAUACCCAUCCCUGUAUUUGACAAGUACGGAAUUGGGACCAUAGUAGCCAUUCCUACUGGCAACCUCAUCAAAGACCUAGACCUGAAGGAAGGAAAGGUAUCCACUGGAAACUCCUUGGACAUGACGCUGCAAGAUGAGGAACACAUAAAAGCCAACGAUGCAACUGUCAAAGACAUGGAGGGUGCGGCAGUAGCGUACGCAGCGAAUCUGUUGGCUAUUCCCAUGAUCUCCUUGAAGGCCGUAACAGACAUUGUGGAUGGCACCAAGCCAACGGUGGAGGAGUUCCUUGAGAAUAUGUCAACAGCUGCAUCGGCCUUGUCCAGGACUGUGCCUCUAGUGCUGAAAUAUGUGUCAGGGAAGAAUGUUGCCGACCUUGAUUGUUCAUGAAGGUCGUAUCUUGACCUCUGUCGGAAACAUCUCUAGGUCCUCACCAUCUUUAACUUAUUAGUCGCCCUUCGAUUGGAUGCAUGGGAUGUUGGGCUUCCAGUUGUCGAUCACUCUUCGUUUAUAUUUUGCUCCGAAUGCACCAGAUCUUGUCUUCUGCAAAACUUAGUACCAUUUUGCUCUAAAUUCUUGUAGACAUGGAUAGGCCUCCGAGAUAUGGUUUGAGCUGGUGGGUUGGAAGGUGCUUGUGCUCCAGUCGAGAGUCAGUCAUAAAUAUACCCUGAUAUUGGGGAAGUGCGACGUAUUGAUACAUGUAGGAAGAGCUUUGACCAUUGAAUUCAAUGGAGCUGGAAACUGGACUUUUAUGGGCACUGCUAUAAAUGUGAAGUGCGUAGCGUUGAAUUUGUUUGUAGUAAGGACAAUUUUAUAUUGUGCCUACGUAAUUCUGAUUUUCUUAACUUUGUUGGUAAACUCUACUGACUACUGAGGUCUAUUCAUCCAUUUAACAUGAAAGCCAGCGUCUAUUGUCUGGAAUUCAUCUAC